AUGAAAAUAUUUAAAUCAAUAUAUUAAAAUAAUAAGGAGGCAUUUAGUUUAUAAACGUCAAAAAUAUACAUUUCGCUAAUAUCCUUUUAGAGGAUAUAUAUGUUUUACGAGGCUAAAGUGGGAUUAAAAUAUUACAAGGUGAAAAUAUUACCAUUUAAAAUAUUCUAGUAAAUAGCAAGGAUGAUAGUGGAAGUAAAUAUAAUAGUUAUAAUAGGGAAUAUACUUUAAUAAUAUCAAAUGUUGAUGAAUUAAAUAUAUAAAAUUUCAAUAUUCAAAGUUAAAGAAUUGAAGCAUAGAUAAAUUAUGAAUUUAAAUUCGACAACAUUUAAAAAUCAUUAUAAAUAGCUAGUGCAAAUCUAAAUCUUAUAAAUUACUAAACACUUCAAAUAUUUAUUGAAUCCUAAAAAUAUAUUUUAAUAAAAUAAAUGA